AGGGCCCAACAGACUGGAAGAAACUGUAAAGCAGGUGAGCAAAACAAAUAGCAUCAAGCCAUAUAGACAUUUCUCUUUUUAAUGCUUUUAAUUCUUGAAUUGCUGGUGAAUUCUUUUUUUUACAUUUUAGCCCAUAGUUAGCACAUGGGAUUCAUCUCUCAUGCCCAUUCUGAUUAUUGAGUAGUAUGUUUGAAGGACUGUGUUGGGAAGGACUUUGAGGGCACAUAAAGUUCGGCAAGCAAGAGUCUGGGAAUUGAUUGGCGUCUUUCCAUGAGCGUGGGACAGGAAGUGGUAGCCCUUGUGCCAUGUGUCUAUCAUUUGUAUUAUAAGAUCAAGUUCUACAAUUCUUAAUGGCUACUCAAUCAUUCUCCUCCAGAACACAUCUUUCUCCCAAUCAUAUCUUCUCUUUUCACCUUUUCCUUUUCCUUGUCUAUUGUCUUUCUUCUCUCCCUUUUACCCCUUCCUGUUCCCUUUCCACUAUGUAGAACUUAGACCUACCAAUGUCUUCCAUAUGCCCUCCUGGUGACAGGUGAGACUAGAAAGAUGACUCUAAGCUCCACUUUCAGAUUCCCCAGGAUCUGAAAGGCUGAGAAAGACAUCCCACUCUGAUUAUCAUAUUUGGUUUCCCUAGGAGAACCCUGAAACUUAAAAUUUUAAUUUUUUUCCUCCCUUCUCUGGUAGCUCGAGUCCUCGGGGAUCCAUGCUGUACUCUAAAUAAUGUCAUGUGUGACUCUUGGUGUGCUUUUUACAAUUUUUGCAGUUUAUAUUGGGGCCUUGUGUGGAAUUAUAAGUAUGUUUACAAAGAAGCAGGUUGAAUAGUUACGACCCGACAACACAGACACAAAUCUCUUCUGCUUCUCCUCUGUCAAGCAGGUAUCAGAUCAUCUUUUAAACAACCUCACCCAGGAGUAAGGAAGAAUUUUUUUAUGAAAGACCAAGACUUUCCUUUCCAGCUAAUCCAUUCACUUCUCUGGGAGCCCCAGUCCAAGUUGCCUCUCCCCACAGAUUUUAUUUUUCAAAACUCCCUCUCCUCCAGGCCAAAUGCUGUGUGAGCUUAUUAAUUGCCUCUUGCUAAGCUGCAUUUCUUAACAUUUCACUUCUUUUUUCAAUUCCUGUGUUGUUGAACUGUAGCUUGCCAAGUACAAAGGAUUAUUGACCUGGUUGGAAAAAUACAGGUUACCUUUUUUUUGUAAGACCAACUUAUGUUUCCAGUACAUUCUCUGCCAGGAACUCAUCAGUUUCAUUAAUUCCCCGGAAGGAGGUAAGCAUGUGUGUAUGACUGUGUGUGUGCACAUGUAUGUGUAAAAACAUGGGAAUCCAGACUGCAAAAUCCCUGUACUGUCAGUCCUACAUUAAGGUACAAAUUCUAGCUGUCUUUGUAGCUUUAAACAUGCGGGUGACCCAUCUCAUGUUAUGGCAGUGGGUGGAAUCCUAGGCUGAAAAUUGGUAUCUAGAGUAAUAAGCAGGAGUUCGAUGGGCUGGGCUAUUUGUCUCUCUGCAGCCAGAAAUGAGGGAAUUAUUGGUGGCCACAGAACACAGUAACAUUGCCUAAAAUAUAUCCAGAACCAAACAAAUCUCACUGCCACCAUUCUCAUCUCAGCCACCAUCAUUUCUCACUUGAGUACUGCAUUCAUCUCUUACUCUCCUUCCUUCUACUCUUAUCCUCCUGCUCACAGCAGCCAGAGUGAGCCUUUUAAAUGUAAGUCGUAUAGUAUCACUCCUCUCAUCACCGUCUCAACCCCCACCAAUGGUUCAUGAUUUAGGAAAUCAUUUUUCUCCUGAUCUUCAUUUUUUCAGACAAAACUCACAUGUUUUAUGAUCGAUCUCAGAAUUGCAGUUUUCUCUAUAGUGGCACCUCACCAAUUCAAACCCCCUCCAAUGGCAUAUGAGAUUCUAGAGACCUAGCCCCCAUUUCGUCUCCAAUCUCAUCUCCCGCUCUCUUCCUGGUUCACUCUAUCCAGCCACCUUGGGCUCCUUGUGGUUCCUCAAAUAAUGCUGGACACUCUUCCUCCUCAGGAGUUUGCACCAGCAGUUCCCUCCUGGAUCUACUUGGCUCCCUCUCUCAUCUUCUCAAAUCUUGCCAAGAUGAUAAGAUGGAGAAAGGCAGACCAGUGGCUACUCCAGAAAUGCAUUGGCGGAGUCAGAGGGAUGUGGCGCUUCUGCUCCUUCCUCAAGGGCAGUGCAGGUGAAGAGCUGGUAGAUUUCUGGAUCCUUGCUGAGAAGAUCCUGAGCAUAGAUGAGAUGGACCUGGAAUGGCAAGACCACUACCUGUCCCUCCUGCUUGUGCUGAAGGCCACCCAUCUGCAGGAGGGUUCCAAGGUGGUGACUCUCUGCAACACGGAUAUCAAGGCCCUCCUGAAUCUCUCCAUCUGGCAUCCAAACCAGUUAACCACCAGGAGAGAGAUUCUGAGCCACAUGCAGAAAGUGGCUCUGUUCAAACUCCAGAGCUACUGGCUUCCCAACUUUUACAUCCAUGCCAAGAUGAGCAUGGCCAAGGAGGAAUCGUGCAAGGGUCUGUUGCAGGAGUAUGAGACUCGCCUGUGCAGUAUUUGCUACACCCACCUAGGAGGGCUUCCUCUGAACAUGAGCAUCAGGAAGAGCCACCACCCCCAGAAAUGGUACUCAAGCAGGAAGAGCAAGAGGAAGCUGUGGCAGUUGAUAGAUUGUGACUCUUGGUCUCUUGAAAUGGAACAGCCAUCCAUUCACUCCAAGCCAGACACCACCACAUUGUCCCCACAGGAGCUGUGUCCUCAGGAGAAGGUGAUUAAACAACUGCUUUCCCUGAAAGUGGCCUGUACAAAGGAAAGAAUAUUCAGUACCCUGGAAAAGAAUUUUCUGUGUGCCAAGAGGUCCAGCAUGAAGAAGAAAGCCAAGAGCCACUUCCACAUGGAGGGCCUCUUUGAGCCGAAGUUCUCUAGCCACCUGAGAACCCCCAUCAUCAGUCACUCUUCCCAGAUGACACUCAAAAAGGCAAUCAAACAAAGCCUCUCUUUGGGGUACACCCACUGGGCCUUAUGUGCUGACAUCUAUGCAGGAAAUCCUUUCCAUAACUACAUGAAAAAGCAGAAUUUGCAAGUAGAGACCCGACUCCUGGACCUCUGGCAGGAUCUGCACUAUUUCCUCAGUGUCCUGAUGAGAAACAGGAAGAAUGGGAAUGCCAUCUUUCGGCACAUAUUGGGCAACAGAAUCUGUGAGCUCUACCUAAAUGAACAGAUUGGCCCAUGCCUACCACUCAAAUCCCAAACCAUUCAGGGCCUGAAGGAGACGCUGCCUUCUGGGGAUGUGAACCCCUGGAUUCCCAAAGCCCAGAAGGAGAUCUGCAAGAUGCUCAGUUCCUGGUAUGACCAAUUCCUGGAUGAAGAGGACUACUGGUUUCUCCUUUUUACAACUCAGAGCGGGAUCAUCAACAUCAAGAGGCAUAAAAAAGAAUCUCUGAGCAAAGAGGAGAGUGUUCUUCUAUUUAAGAGGAUUCAGGAAGCUCUGGAGUUAAGCCAAGCUUUAGCUAACCUGGAGGAAAUGGAGUCUCUGCAGUGGCAAAAGGUAGCUACUGAGGACCUGAGGCAAGGCGGGUCUCUCCAGGUGGAGCCGAUGUCUCAAGUUGUUCUGGAAGAUUUAAGUAAAAUGAACUUUGAGGAACUCUGCUGUAAGAAUCCAAAGUUGGCCAUAGAGAUGAUUAGUGAUGAUUAUAAAAUAUAUUGUGAAAAAGUACCUGAAAUAGAUUUUAGCAUAGAAAUUGUCAAGGAACCAACAGUGGCUGUGCAGUCACAAAGGAGAGCAUCCUUCUUUAAAAGGACUACUUCAAGAAAGCCCUCGUUGAGACCCAGGUUCAAAGAUUACCAAGAGCUGUUCCCGCCUGGUCCUCUGGAGACUGAAAAUGAAGUACCGGUUUCCCAUAGGAAAGUCUCAAGGACAACGACUUACCUACAGGAAUCACAGAAGAGGGGCUGGCUUAAAAUGAUCAGCUUUAUCAGGAGCUUUUGCAAGUACCGCAGAUUUAUGCUGGAUCCCAAUAAGCGCCAAGAAUUUGAAGAGUAUCUUCACCUGGAAAUGUAUAAUAACAAGGACAAUUUCACUGGAGCACCCAACGCAGCUGGACGCCCUGGCCCACUCCCCUCUAAUAUCCGGAGUGGAGAUCAUGAGAAUGAAGAAAUAACUCUUCUGAAGCGGCGUAUAUUGGGCCACAGGAUUAUCACAGUCAACUAUCUGGUCAAUGAUUUAUAUUUCUUUUCUGAAAUGGAGAAAUUUAAUAAUUUGGUGAGUUCAGCUCACAUGCUGCAGAUCAACCGAGCAUACAACGAGAAUGACCUGCUCCUAAUGAGGGCCAAAAUUGGUGUCAUCCUCAGGCUCUUCCUGCAGUCUGACAUCCCUCCAAGGCUGAGGGUGAAUAUUUCUGAGUCCCAGAAGGAUGCCAUCCUUGCCGCCAUUAUGGAGGGGCACCUAGAUCGGAGCAUCUUCCACGGGGCUAUCAUGUCCCUCUUCCCCAUCAUUAUCCACUUCUGGAAAAGGUUUUGUUCCUGGAAGGAAAAACGAUCUUACUUACAAUCCAGGGGGAAGAAGUUCAAGGAGAAAAGAAGCCCUCCUAAACCUAUAUACAAGUACCCGCCUUGGAGUGCAGGGGAUCACGCCACGUUAAGGUUCACUCUGCUCAGGGGUGUGGAGUGGUUGCGGACUCAACAGCGGGAAGUGAUAGCAAGUCCACCCCAAAACUCUUCAUCUAGCAACCUUUCCCAGCUGAAACAUGCACCAUCCCUCUUGCAGCUGAGUUCUCUCACAGGAUUAAAAGGACCCAAAAGGGAGAAGAAGUAAUCAAGUUGGGCCCCCAACAGAGAGGCAUACCAUCCCUCAGAAGCCUCCUAACACUGACAGAACCUCUUCUGGUCAGAAAGGAAAUACCCUGGUGCCAUCUGCCCCCUGGAAAGAUCGAGAAGGGGAACACGGUGACAGCCCAGAUAUGGUGGGGCUGGACUGCAGUGGGAACCUCUUACAACCCUUUCAGACUCAAGAGUUACAGAAAGAGGCAGAGGAGAACAGAUGGAGUGAGAGACUGAGGGAGUGCUGCCCUCCUUUUCAGAUACUUGUGUCAAGCAGACAUGAACAUCUUUCCACAGAAGUAUGAAAAGUCGUCUGUCCCUCUAUUGUGAGUGCCACCGGCUGAACCAAGUCGCCACAGUGGAGGGGGUGGCCCACAUGCGCCAUACCUGGGGGACCAGUCCUAUCCCUACACCUCCGUCAGGGAUGCACGAACAUCAGCUAGAAUAAAGGAUGUCCAUAUCCCGAUCUGUGGGCCUCCCAUCCUCUCCUUAAAGAAAGGAGCACAGGGAAAUCGGUGUGUCAGUGUUCUUCGAAGUUGCCCCCAGGGCUCCUGUUGGCAUUUUCAGUUUGAGCAAUGAGUAUAAAGGAGAGUACAGCCCAUCCUGGAUCAGGCCCGUGGGCCGGUCCAUCUCGUCCAGCAGCCCCGUCACAGGGACCAUCCCCUGAUUGAUGCUGAGUCCCAGCCGGGAGGCCCCGCUGCCGUGCCUUCCAAGCUCAAGUUUUACCACGAGGCUGGAUGCUUUCAAAUCUCUCCACUUCUUAGUAAUUUUGUGAUCAUUAGCAAAUUACUUAAUCUCUCCAAGUCCCAACACCCUUGUGUGUGAAAUGGAGAUGAGGAUCCCAACCUCACAGGGCUGUUUGGGGAUGAACUUGAGGUGACACAGGCCAAGGGCACGCAGCACAGAGCCAGGCAGAGUCGGGGGCACGGAUGUCAGUCACCACCCCUCUUCUCACCUUUUCCUAACCUUCCCAGAACAUGAAGGAAGUAAGUGAUUGACCAAGAGUGGUGUAGUUGAAGAGUUAAUUCCUAGGGAAAUUCCAAAUGCAUCUUCUCCAAGAAGCUAUAAAAUCCAUGGGGCCAGGACAUCCAAAAAAUCUAUUUAACUCCUAAUGCACACAUAGUCCUUUGGAGGUUUUAUAGAUGUUUACUGUUAAUAAAGGGGGAAAAAAGACUUCAUCUUGUGCCCUCUACCUGCACACCCUAACUCCCUGGUGGAUACCUUAAAAUAUCAGCAACAUUUAUUGAGCACUUACUAUAUGUGACAGCAGGGAUAGGAAUCAUCAGCCUCACUCUGUGGACAAGGUAAUGAGGCAUAAAGACGGUGGGUCACAGCCCAGGCUACAUAUCUAGUCAACAGCUUCAAAAUCCAAUGUCUCCUUGGGGCCACGCAGAGAGUCUGUUUAGAAAGACUUGAUACUUCACUUAAAUGUCAGAGGGGAAUUAGGCAGUCUAUACUGGCUAUUUUUCCCAGAGAAUUGCCAAAAUGUGUGUU